AGCAACGAGUUACAACUUCACCGAGAAUGGAGAUGAAGAGGCUGUGUCCCCGGGUUCUGAUCCUCAUUUUUCCGCUCUUCGCUUUCUGUCAGCGGACUGUGGCUUUCGGCGGUGGGGAGCCCGGGAAUUAUGUCAUCCUCCUGGGCAUGGAAGAGAAUUCUGCAGCUUAUAUCUUCACUCAGAGCGAAGAGUCCGACUAUUUGGCAAUCCAGUACCUCCUGGAGGAGGCAAAGCAGAAUGAAGCACUUGCCCGAGCUUGGAAUCAUGCAAAGGAGAAACGGGCAAAAUUCGUACUUUCAAACAAGUCUCCAGUACCCAAGGGACUCAAAGAAGAACACGUGGUAUCCGUGAUCGCCUACACGCUGAAUACAAAGUUGUACACGCAGUUCAACCAGGCAGUGCGGAUGUACGGAGCCAACGACUCAGUCUACGCGGAGAAAUUCCCGUUCAAGAGCUUCCAUUAUCUCCUGUCCGUUGCCAUUGAGAGAUUGAGAGAAAGCUCGGGCAGUGCGCCGGGGACGACCUACAGAGGGAUGGGGCGUGUGGCCGAGGGCCAGAAGGGAGAUGAAAUGAGAUUUGGAUAUUUUACCUCUACCUCUCUAGAUAUUAAUGUUGCCAAGGGAUUCGGCAGCAAGACAUUUAUCACGAUAAAGUCACGCUAUGGCGCCAACAUAGAAAACUACUCAUCGUUCCCUGGCGAGAAGGAAGUGCUGAUUCCUCCUUACGAAGUUUUCACUAUCACGGAACUCGUCCGCCGGGUUGACGGGGUUGACAUUUCGCUCACAACGGCGGGGGAAAAGGGGAUUCAGGUGAAUGUGGAGCGGGGGGAGAGCGGCACGAUGCGGGUGGUGCGGAGUGACGGGGCCGUCAUUUCCGCAGUGGCGUGGGUGUGCGUCCUGGCGCUACUGGGUCCCAUUUCGCUGUAAGGUCCGGGUAACAUCCACAUCCGUCACCGCAAUAUCCCGCCUGAUCUCACCCCCAACCUUGGCAAACAACAUAACUGAUGCAGAGCACAUGUUCAAAGCAGAGACUUGCGUAAACAUUCAACAGGACGGGCAGCAUCUGUGGAGGGAGAGAGAGACACACGGCGAAGCAUUGCAAGUCCAAGACCCUUCGUCAGAGUUCCGACGUAGUUCCAACGACGUGUCUUCGCCGUGAAUCAUUGCCGACGCUCCUCCUCUUUCCCCUUAAUUUCCCGCAAAGCAUAAACAACAGUCGUUUAGACAGUGUGGUCUUCGGCACCUGGAAGGGCAAAAUUAAUGGUGUUUGGAGAUAGGUCAUUUCUGUCUGAAUAGAUUAGUUGAUGCGUCCAUGGGGUCAGUGCGUUUAGAGUCCACCUGGACUUCAGAAUGGUGUUUCACAGAAUCUUUCAUGGGGAUACUGUUCCAAAAAGUUAGAGCCCAUGGGAAGCUGGCGGAUUGUAUCGAAAUACGCUCGCUAACAGUGAUCACGGUGAGAAGUUAGAGUUUCAGUUACGUAGUGGGGAGCCUGUGACCAGCGGUGUCCUGCAGGGAUCUAUGCCGGGACACUCAAUGUUUGUGAGAGAUAUUAAUGAUACGGGUGUAGACUUGUAGUUUCCCCUCCCCGAACACACAGACACAGACAGACAGACAGAUAUACAGACACGCGCUCACACACACACGCACACACACACACACACACACACACACACACACACACACACACACACACACACACACAUACCGCCAUGACCGGGCUGUGCUGUGGAGCACACCCGCCAAUAUUCUGCCCGUUCACCGAUUCUGCCGAUGAGGGCCGGCCCAACAGACGACAACUCUCCCCAUUGCCAACCUCACCUCUGCCCCCAUGGACAUGUAGGCUCCUCAAGGGCAACGUUGCGACACAGAGACGUGAAGUCAGAGAGCUACAAGGCAUGGGAAAGGCCCUUCGUCAGAUACAAUCUCAACGCGAAUUUUAUUGACCAACACUUGGCCCGUGACCAUCGGUUCCUCACGCCUGACUCAGACGCUCUUUUACAUACGUGUUAACCUCCUGAGUCUCUGCCUCCACCACCCAUCGCUGCGUAACUCCAGAUCUCAGCCGCCCCAUAGGUGAGAGCGAACGUCGUCAAAUGUCCUCUGAAUCCUCCACCUCUUACAUUACACAGAGGAGGUAGGAGUAGACAUCUCUGCCAUGGGAGAAUGUGUGUGUUACUCACUCUGCACCCGUUUAUCGCACUCAUAGUUUUGCACACCCCCCCCCCCCCAAUCAGGUCAAUCCCACCCCAUUUCAGUAGACUCCCCACAGCAAGGGAAAAGAAAAUAGCUCUCGCCUAACUAGGUCUAUCAUCCCCCUCACCUGGAUCCACCUGUCACCAGUCAGCUCUUGCUCCACCAAUACAGGCUUUCUACCCUUUUGUCUUUAUGCUGGCUAUCUUCCCUUUUGUUUUUCCCAGCCCUGGUGAAGAGUCCCGACCCGAAACGACGACUGUCCAUUUUCCUUCACAGACAACAAUCACAGACCCGCUGAAUUCCUCCAUGGUUUUGUGGUUUGCUCCAGAUCCCAGCAUCUGCAGUCUCUUGUGUGGCUCAGCCAGUGCGCCUUCAAGUUGUACAGUUCCUUCCCUGUUCUCACAUUCUCUCUUGCGGAGAAUCAGAUAUCCCACAUGCAGAUUUCGUGCUCUACCUACCUGCGCUGCCACCUUCAGGAACCGGUGGGAAUUUACAUUCUCAUUCUCUGCAGGUCACAAGACCUUGCAUCUUACCUCCCUGGACACCCGCACCAAAUUGCAUCACCUCACAAGUGACAGGUUUAAACUCCAUCAACCAUUGACCUGCGCACCUUACCGACUCAUCAUUACCAUCCUCUGCACUUCCAACAACAACACCAAUUUUCUGUCAUCGACGAAAUUACUAAUCAUAUCACACAAAAUUAUGGGUUUUGAGAAUAAACCAGAGUUUGGUUUCAAAGGAAGUAGACAGAAAAGGUUCCAAGCUUGUGGACUGUGAGAUAUCAGGCAAAUUGAGGAGGAUCACAGAGACGGGAGGUCUUACUGUAGAAACCUGGAGCCAGUGUUGAAGGGGAGACCAGUGGGCAUUCAAUUGCUUCCCCACUUUGUGGAAGGAAACACAAGACAAAGGGCGUAGUGGAUGUUCAGUGGGGUGCUCACUGGGGAGAACCGAUGUGAAGAGGUUAGAACAAUCGAGGAGAGAAAAUGUGAGUAGUAAGGUCUUGACACCGAAAUCUGUUAAAACCCGGUAAGCGGUGCCGAAAUUUGGUGUAAAUCGGGAUUGCAGUGGAACUUUUAAAUUUGGAUUAUUUGCUUCUUUGAAGAAGUCAACAAUUGUUGGCGAUUAAUUGCUGUCUUCUUACUGUCAAUCUGCAGCUUGCUGAUCAAUUCAACUGCAGCGUGCAUUGUCUGUAAACGCGUGUUCCAUUGUAUCUGCUUGUCAGUGUCUAACACGCACUUGUGCCCUUUGUUCUCG